AUGAACUCGAUGAAUGGUCCAGGUGGUGCCCCAGCUGUAUGGCAGGAGGCACGCAAUGCAGAUGGUAGGGUCUAUUACUACAAUGUGCAGACGAAAGUCACACAAUGGGCCAAACCCGUCGAGUUGAUGAACCCCGUUGAGCGAGCCCUGGCUGACCAGCCUUGGAAGGAGUACACAACGGAUGCAGGCCGGAAGUACUGGUCCAAUACGGAGACCAAGCAGAGCACAUGGGAGAUGCCUGAGGUUUACAAGAAUGCGCUGGCACAGGCACCGCCUGCGCCGGUCGCGCCAGUAGCGGCUCCAUCUUUUGUCGCAGGUAGCGGCAGCUCCUACCCGCAUCAACAACGUGAACGCGAUGACUACGAUCGAGGCGAUCGGGGUGACCGAGGUGACCGAGGAUACAACGACCGACGUGGAUAUGGAAAUUUUGAACCGAACAGCAUGGUUGCUGCACCAGCAUUGGCCACCUCCGAACCCGAGUACGGCUCCGUCGAGGAAGCCGAAGGUGCUUUUAUGAAGAUGCUCAAGCGACACAACGUGCAGCCGGAUUGGACCUGGGAACAGACCAUGCGAGUGACGAUUAAAGACCCACAAUACCGCUCUCUCAAGGAUCCACGGGAUCGCAAAACUGCUUUUGAGAAAUAUGCGGUCGAGGUUCGCAUGCAGGAGAAGGAUCGUGCGAAAGAGAGAUUCGCCAAACUCCGAGCAGAUUUUAAUACCAUGCUUCAGCGUCAUCCAGAGAUCAAGCACUACAGUCGUUGGAAGACAAUUCGUCCGAUUAUCGAGGGAGAGACUACUUUCCGGGCAACAAACGAUGAAGAUGAAAGACGCCAGCUUUUCGAGGACUAUGUUACUGAACUCAAGAAGGCCCAUGCAGAGCAACAGGCUGCCACACGAAAGGCCGCUCUGGAUGAAUUAGUCAAAAUUCUGGGCGGUCUAGAACUCGAACCAUACACACGUUGGGCUGAGGCUCAAGCCGUUAUCGAGUCCAAUGACAAGGUGCAGGGUGACCUUAAGUUCAAGGCCCUAACAAAAUGUGAUCUUUUGAAUGCGUUUGAAGACCAUAUUAAGAAUUUGGAACGCACGUUCAACGACGCCCGUCAGGAACAGAAGGCGGCUCGGGCCCGCAAGGAGCGCCACAACCGAGAGAAUUUCCUUGAGCUCCUGAAGGAACUGAGAUCUCAAGGGAAGAUCAAGGCAGGCAGUCAGUGGAUGAACAUCUGUCCCCUGGUUCAGGAGGAUUCCAGGUACCAAGCUAUGCUUGGUCAGUCUGGAUCUACUCCCCUUGACCUAUUCUGGGACAUGGUCGAGGAAGAGGAACGCUCACUUCGUGGUCCUCGCAAUGAUGUGCUGGACGUUCUUGAUGACAAACGCUACGAAGUCACUGCUAAGACCACGUUUGAGGAGUUCAACACUGUGAUUGAAGCUGACCGACGCACCUCCAAGAUCGACCCCGAUAUUCUCCAGCUUAUCUUCGCCCGCAUUCAAGAUAAAGCAGUUCGUCGAGAUGAAGAAGAAAAACAUGCCGCUGAUCGUCACCAGCGUCGUGCCGUUGACGCGCUACGCUCACGUAUCAAGCGGCUUGAACCCCCAGUUCGCGUCACAGAUACAUGGGACCAAAUCCAGCCUCGCCUAGAAAAGUACGAAGAAUACAAGGCUGUUGAGAGCGACGAACUUCGUCAGUCUGCAUUUGACAAGCUUAUUCGACGCCUCAGAGAAAAGGAGGAAGACAUGGAGAAAGACCGUGAGUUGCGUGACCGUGACCGAAAUCGCCGAGACUAUGAUCGUGAAUACCGCAGUCGGGGAGAGAGACGUGGUGGCAGCCGUGCCAGUCGCUCACCCGAGCCAGAUGCCUAUGAAGCAGACCGCCGCAAGGCCCAGGCCGAUCGCGAGCGAUCCUACCGUACUCGUGACGACCGCGAUCGCGACAGAGACCGUGACCGUGAUCGCUACCGUGACCGUGGUGACCGGGACCGGGAUCGUGACCUUGAUCGCCGCCCAGGUCGGGACUUGGACCGCCGCGAAGAUGAGCGCGAGCGCCUGUACCGCACUCGCGGUGACCCCCGCGGAGGUCGUGAUGAGCUAGACUAUGGUGAAACCCGUACUACGGCCAGUGGUGGUGGUGAGCGCAGACGCAGACGAGAAAGCGACGCUGAGAGUGUGGCAAGUCGAUCUGCGAAACGAUACCGUCGGGAGAGCCGUGAGCGUGAACGCAGCAAGGGCCCACGGCGGGAUCGUGCCCGAGAGCGGUCCGCCAUUCCUGAACAGGAGAUGAAGGACGCCGAAAAGGCUAUCCAUUCCGGUAGCGAAGAAGGAGAGAUUGAAGAGGAUUAG